UAAUCCCUCGGUGUUUUCCGUUAUCCUCGACCACACACAUUCAUUAAGCAUCUCAUUAUGUUUUGGACUUCAAUAGCUCUCUCUUCUGCUGCACCGCCGAAUAUUGGAAAAUCUCUUAGAAGAUUGUUACCGAGAGCACUUCCGCCAUCAUUGGUUGCCCAUCCUGGAAACUUGUAUGAAGUCUUGUCACGGACGCCUUCAGGUGGAGUCGGGAAGCGCGUGUACCAACUUCGAUGGUCCCAAAAAACAUAUCCGACUGCUAUUGGGUCGUAACGAGGUCACAAUUCAAAUGUGAGGGUAAACAUGGUAAAGCCUGGGGAAAGCUAUUCUGGAAAGGGCGGCUAGUUAGUACUGCGGAAGAGAGAAUCAGAGGCUCUCUGAAGUACACUUGGGCAGAGGGACAAUCACAGGUCAUGACACCAAAGACGGUGUGUGAUCGCGUUGUUUCAACUUUUCAUACCUGACUCUUGCUUCUUAGGUUACCUCAACAUCGUAGAGAUACUAUUAGGUCACCACAUCGGAUUUCCCACUACUCUUGGUUAUGUCUACUCGGCAUCCUAUAAAUCACGGUAAUAAUAUCAGGACUACGCCGACAAAGUGUCACGGUAGAAAUGAAUAAGUCGUUUCUAAGUCUUGAUGCUCUCAAAUAUAUUUGGUGUCCUAGGACGAGCAGCAGAAAUCAAAGAAC